AUGUCGGAAAGGGUGCAGGUUGUGACGAGACACCUGCUGGCACCCAUCGCUGUCGCGGGCAGCGAGACUCCGGUUUACGAGCCGGGGGAGCAUUUUGGCAUCUUCCCUGAUUACGAGCACAAGUGGCCGUAUCCCGAAGUCGGUAUUAUGUCUGCCCAAGAAACCCCGUCGACGUUGUUUACGUCCUUUUUGGAACAAGCCGCGAAGAACUUCCCCGAGGUUCCUGCCUUGGCUGCUGAGAAACCGGUGCCGGCACUCGUCCGAACUGGCGAAGCUCCCUCGCUGCCUUGGGAGGCAUGGGCGAAGUGGACAUGGAAGGGUUACUACGAAGAUGCUUGCAAGCUUGCAAAAGCUUUCAUCCAGCUGGGCGUCCAACAGUUUGGGAGUGUGACGAUUUUUGGUUUCAAUGCUCCGGAGUGGAUGCUGAGUGCUCUCGCGGCCAUGCUUUGUGGGGGCAAAUACGUCGGCAUCUACUCCACGGAUACGCCGGAGCAGGUGCAGUACAAGGUCGACCACUCCAACGCAGCGGUCAUGGUGGUGGAUGGGGAGGCGGAGUUUGAAGCGACUGCGAAACAUGUCGAGGAAAUGCCUGAGCUGCGUGCCAUCGUGUGCUGGGGCAUGCCGGCGCGGGCUCAGCUCACCAGGAAAGACGGCAGCGUUUGCAAGGUCCUGACGUUCAAGGACUGCUUGGAGCUCGGCGCGUCGCAGAGCUCUGAUGGCCUGGCUUCCAGGAAGGAGGCAACCCGGCCUGGACACGCUAUGGGCAUCAUCUACACUUCCGGCACAACCGGCAACCCGAAAGCCGUCAUGGUGCACCAUGAUGCCGCUGUCGCGAUCACAUCCAUGGCGAGCCGACCGGAGACAGGUGCUUUACAAGCAUAUCCAGCGCGGAUUUUGUCGUACCUGCCUCUCUCGCACGUCGCCGGCUCGAUGAUGGACAUGUGGUUUCCCAUCUUCAUGGCCGGCAGCAACCGAAAGCUGCACAGCACAAUCUAUUUUGCCCGUCCCUACGACCUGAAGGAGAUGACCCUGGCAGCCCGCAUCCAGUUUGUGCGGCCGACCGUCUUCCUUGGCGUUCCGCGUGUCUACGAGAAGAUGCAAAGCCGGAUGAUGGCGGUUGCUUCGACCAUCACGGGUGUGAAGAAGUCGAUUGCCACAUGGGCCAAGGGAAAGGGGCUCGAGUACUGCAGAAACUUGCAGGCUGGCGGUUCAAAGGCGAAGCCUAUGUUCCUGACCAUUGCAGACAAGUUGAUCCUGUCCAAAGCUCGCGACGCAUUGGGUUUGGAUCAAUGCAAAAGCCUGAUCGUAGGUGCUGCUCCAAUUUCUGCAGACACACUGGAAUACUUUGGCCAGCUGGGCAUGAUGAUUCAGAACGUUUACGGUAUGAGCGAGUCCUCGGGACUUACCACAUGCUGCAUGCCAUCGUGGAAUGCCUUCGGCACCGUGGGCCAGGCUCUGCCCGGCAUCGAGGUAAAGUGCUUCAAGACCGGGCCAGGUGGAGAAAACAUCGAGGUGCCUCGAUGUCAACCCAGCGCCAAAGUGGUGCCUGAGGACUGCCAAGGUGAGAUUUGCUUUCGUGGCCGGCACAUUAUGAGUGGCUACAUGGCUAACCCCAGGUUCGGCGAGGCGCACGUCAAGGAAAUCAAGGAAAAAAACGAAAGCACCAUCGACAAAGAUGGCUGGCUGCACAGCGGCGACAAGGGCUGCAUGGACACCAACGGUGUCGUGCGGAUUACGGGGCGCUAUAAGGAGCUUAUCAUCGGUGCAGGCGGCGAGAACAUUGCGCCUGUGCCGGUUGAGGACAAGAUCAAGCAACUAGCGCCGGCCCUCUCGAACGUCAUGAUGGUCGGAGACAAUCGACGCUUUAACGUAGCAGUAGUGACGCUGUUGGCAGAGGGCGCAACGGGUGAACUUCCCGGAGGCGACAACCUCACUGGAGCAGCACUGGAGGUGAACCCAGCGGUGAAGACCGUUUCAGCUGCGAUGAAGGAUCCUGCGUGGCAGAAGUACAUCGAGAAAGCCAUCGAGGCGACCAACUCUGACACGAAUGUUUGCCAGAACAACAACUGGAAGAUCCAGAAGUUUGCGAUCGCUCCCCGGGAUUUCUCGGUACAAACAGGAGAGUUUACGCCAACAAUGAAGCUGAAACGAUCCGUGACUGAGGAGCAGAAGUUUGCUGUCGGAGAUGUGGAAGGAGCUCAUCGAUCCAUUGUACAGCUGAAGCCUCUCGGCAUCGAAAGUUGGAAAACCGGAGGUGCAGGUGUUGCUGUCGUUCGGGCUGUCCCCUGCGAUUGCAGCGAGACCCGUGCUCGGCAACGAAAGCCAAAAGCGCUCGCAUCCACUCAUAUUGAGAACAAGCUUGUGAACAGGCUUGGAAAGAACCGCAUGAGCCCCAUCAGGCCGUGCAGCGAGAGGCAGAAGGCUCGCUUUGGCAUGCCUGAGCUGAGGUUAGUGCUGGCAGUGGAUAUCUCGUACACCACGAACAAGUUCGGGAACCAGUACCAAAGCAUUGUAAAGCUGGAUUGCAUUCAGGGUCAGGAGUACGCUGGCCACCUUUGUUUGAACCAGAAGGAGGCGGAAAAGUCCGCAGCCGAGCAGGCAGUCAUGGCUUUCCGGCCUCAGAUGGCGUCGCUGCCGCCGCCGGCAAGCAAGGAUCCAAAGAAGAAGAAGGAGCGGCCGAGGCUCACGCCCGCUGAGCUUGCCGCUAAGAAGGCAAAGCAAGCCGAGGAAGGCGACAACCCCGCGGUGACGCCGAAGACGAAGCUCAAUGCAUUGGUCAUGAAGAUUGCCAAGCGCUAUCUUCAGAAGGGCGAGACCAUCUACGAGACAAAAACAUACGCCGGUGGGGGUCACCAGGCAACAGUGCAGCUGAAGGCCCUGCCUGGCGAUUGGGGCAGCCGCGUUUGGGCAGGCCAUGUCAGCUCUACCAAACAGAAGGCUGAGCAAAGUGCAGCAGAAAUCGCACUAAAGCAGAUCAGCGAGGACACCGAGAUGAUGGCAGAGGCUGCUAAGCCCAAGGGCGCGGGGAAAGGCAAGGGCAAAGGCAAAGGAAAGGGCUUCGGCUUCAUGUGGGGCCCCUGGGACUGGCAGAUGAUGUGGGGCGGAGGGCCUUCUGGUCCCAAUCUCCCGCGAGAGCGGGUUACAGAGGAGCCGGUGAAGGGCGAGGUCGUGGAGUGGAAGGAAAGCUUCGGCUGGCUGAAGUCCAGCGCUCCUAUUGACCACCCCUCGGCAAAGCAGCGCGAGGGGAAGAUCUACGCAAGCAAGAAGGACGUUACGUCGGGAACAAUCGAAACAGGGUCCAGAGUCAGCUUCCACGUGUACAAGGACGCCCAGGGCCUUGGAGCAGAAGAAGUACAGGUGGGCCGACUCGUCACUCAGCGGCUCUGUAGCAUGAACAUGUUCCGAGUGCACGGAGUUCUCCGGAACAAAGAGAAUGCCAAAUGGGCAGAAGGCAUCUCGGGCCUCGAGCUUUUCGAGGCGGACUCUCGAGACGCCCUCGCCCUCCAGGAACCGCUCAGUACUGCGAAUGCAGUGGUUUGCACUACCGGCGUCCCGGCCUUCGGCAUUGCGGGACAGUGGGAAAAGGGCAAUCAUCCAGAAUCCGUAGAUCACUUCGGUGUGAAGAAUGCCGCGCAUGUUUGGUCUGCGGCUUCGGGGCCGAAGCGUCGCUUUGUGCUGAUGUCUUCGAUAGGUGUCACGCGGCGCGAUGGGUUUCCGUACAGCAUCCUCAACGGUGGCGGUGUUCUGGAUGCGAAGGCAAAGGGUGAAGCGGCCGUGCGCGAGCUUGCCACACAGCGGGGCUUCGGUGUUACAGUGGUUCGGCCUGGGCAGUUGUUUGGCGGGCCGUACGACAACAAUCGCUACUUGGGCACACUCUUCCAGCUUGACAAGGACUCCAGCGUUCAGGCUGUGAAGCUUGAAGCUGGAGACACCGCCGUGGGCGACACGUUGCGCAGUUCACUCGCCGGCGUCCUCGUCCGCAGUCUUUUUUGUGCGGAACCUGACAUGGAGUUUGCAGAGUUACUUCUUGUGUUGAAUGCCGGGAGCAGUUCUUUGAAGUAUGCUCUUUUUAGCAUUGCCGGAGCUCCUGCCCGUUGGAGUCGGGUGGUGCAUGGGCUAGCAGAGGGCAUUGCCACAAAGACCGAGUGUCGAAUCAAGGAGGAGACGCAUGAAGGCAAAAAAGUCCACAAGGUGGAUCUCCCGGAUCACCGGACGGCUUUGAGCCGCGUGGUGGAUUUGUUGCCUGGCAAAGAUAACAUCAGCUCGGUGGGUCAUCGAGUCGUUCACGGCGGUGAGAGUUUUAAAUCUGCUGCCGUGAUAAACCAAAGAGUUAUGCAGGCAGUUCGCGAUGCCACUGUCCUCGCCCCUUUGCACAACCCCUGGAACAUCUUGGGCAUUGAGGUUGCCGAAGAGCUGUUCGGCAGAGACUGCCCACAAGUAGCUGUUUUUGAUACAGCCUUCCAUCAGACAAUGCCACCUCGUGCAUAUAUGUAUGCUCUCCCUUAUGACCUUUAUAAGAAGCACCACAUCCGGAAGUAUGGAUUUCAUGGCACUUCCUACCUUUACGUGGCGGAGGAGACAUCCCGAGUGCUGAAGAAGCCUUUAGACAAGCUGAACAUUAUUGCCUGCCAUGUGGGCAACGGCGCAUCGAUGGCAGCAAUCAAGCAGGGCAGAUGCGUUGACACCACCAUGGGAAUGACUCCUUUAGAGGGCCUCGUCAUGGGCACACGGUGUGGCGACAUUGAUCCGGCUGUGCCUUCCCAUCUCAUUGAGCAGCUGGGAUACUCUGUGAAGGAAGUCAACAACCUAAUGAACAAGGAAUCAGGGUUGCUCGGGCUCUGUGGCCUGUCUGACGACCGGGACGUUGAACGUGAAUACUUUGAGCAGAAGCCACGCGGCACGCUGGCGAAGGAGGUCCAGGUCUACCGGAUGCGCAAAUACUUGGGUGCCUUCAUGGUCGCGCUUGAUGGGCAGGUUGACGCGCUGGUGUUCACAGGAGGUCUCGGGGAGAAGUCCCACCUGUUAAGGACACUGGUCUGCCAGGGCUUGGAUCGCCUGGGCCUUGAACUCGUCGAGGAGGCGAACCAAGCGAAGGGCGGCCGCUUCUCUGAGAACACUCGCUUGGACUCUGCGCGCCUCUCAACGCAGAUCUGGGUGAUCCCCACAGAUGAGGAACUCUGCAUUGCUCAGCAAACGCAGAUGAUUGUGUCAAAGGACAUGCUUACGCAGUGA